CAAUAAUAGCCAAAUUUUGAAUAAUACACUAAAAUAGCCAUUUCGUCAAAACUUUAACAGAAUUAUCAUUGAUGCUGACUGGACUAACGUUGACAUGGUGAUUUUCUUCGAAAGUCAUGCCAAGUGGAAAUACUCAAAUACUCCAAAAACAAUUAAGUAAAUAAAUAAACAAACAAAAGCAAAAAUUGCAUGUCCCCCUCAACGGAUCUCCUUCGCGACGAACCCCUCCACUGACCCAUCUCCCUCUCCGACGUUUGGUGCUCCUCCUUUUCUUCUUCCUCUUCUAGCUUAUUCAUCUUGUUCGUUUCCUCGACCUGUUGGUAUCGGUGUUGCCGCUUCAUCCACCCUUCUCCCUCUAUUCGUCAUUCAGGUCUGAGUGAAACAGAUCGGAGAAAACGAGAGUGACUCCGCAGCGUCAAUCGUCGAGACGUUGGCGUGAAAAUCAUAGGAAAAACACCUUUUCAACGCCAUCAUCAACAUAAAGCACGAGGGAUCCUUGUUGAUCGAAACCCAACCACCGCCAAGGCUCGGCCGACUCCGACAUCUAUUUUCAUAUCCGGUUGUGGUCAUAGAGGUGUGGGGUCUGUAUCUGCCUAUCGUCUCCAGAUCUGCCACCGCCUCUACCAAUCUCCUUCACCGAGGAAUCCAGAGCUUGCCGGAGAGAUUGAGACCGUCCUAGUCCUCUGGGUCGCCGCUACCCUGAUUGAAUGUUGGAUUCGAAACUCAAGGGUUUCUAUGUUGUUUGAAGUGGGCUGAAUUGAUCUUUGGAUGUGGCGAUGUUGCGGCCGUAUCAACCGUGGGGAUGGGGAGUUGGAGAGGAGGAGGAAGAGACAGGAGAGAAUGAGGUUGUGGAGAGCGGUGACUACUUCGACGAUCAAGAAGGAUCGGUCGAGGAUUCAGGAAUAGUGACGACCGCCAGUUUGGUGGAAGGGGUGAGGAUCGAACAACUGGGAUUAAUGGUCAAUUUCAUGGACGGGAAGGGUUGUUGAAGAAGGUGUUUGAGGGGAAUAAGCUUGACGGGAUUUGUGGAGUUCAUCUCCAUUGAUGAAUUCAAAAGCUCUCAUGUUCUUCUUCUCGUAAUUGCACCAUCGAUGAACACAGAGAGAUGGAAGGGUUCUGUGUGUUUGAGAAAGGACACAAAGGCUUUUGAGAAACUUGAAAUUAGUGUUCUUGUUUUUCUCAACUAUUUUUUAAAUAAUUUUUUAAUUUAAAAUAUAACGUGGCAUCUAAG